GCGUUUUGGGGGGGAAUGGAGGCGAUCGCCAGUCAGAUGGGAAAUGGGAGAGAUGCAAGCUCCUCCCCAAAUUCAAAGCAAGAGCUGCAGCCGUACCAGGGCUCCAAUACCCUCAAGCCCAACCAAGUGGGUGAGACCUCCCUGUACGGCGUGCCCAUCGUGUCCCUGGUCAUCGACGGGCAGGAGCGGCUGUGCCUGGCGCAGAUCUCCAACACGCUGCUCAAGAACUACAGCUACAAUGAGAUCCACAACCGGCGCGUGGCCCUGGGCAUCACCUGCGUGCAGUGCACGCCGGUGCAGCUGGAGAUCCUGCGGCGGGCCGGGGCCAUGCCCAUCUCCUCCCGCCGCUGCGGCAUGAUCACCAAGAGGGAGGCGGAGCGGCUCUGCAAGUCCUUCCUGGGCGAGCACAAGCCGCCCAAGCUGCCCGAGAACUUCGCCUUCGACGUGGUGCACGAGUGCGCCUGGGGCUCCCGGGGCAGCUUCAUCCCGGCGCGCUACAACAGCUCCCGCGCCAAGUGCAUCAAGUGCAGCUACUGCAGCAUGUACUUCUCGCCCAACAAGUUCAUCUUCCACUCGCACCGCACCCCGGACUCCAAGUACACCCAGCCCGACGCCGCCAACUUCAACUCCUGGCGCCGCCACCUCAAGCUCAGCGACAAGACGGCCACCGAGGAGCUGUCGCACGCCUGGGAGGAUGUCAAGGCCAUGUUCAACGGCGGCACCCGCAAGCGGACCUUCUCCCUGCAAGGGGCGGCCGCCGGCGGGCCCGGGGCCGGCUCCCCCGCCGCCAAGGCCGCGCUGCACCCCGCUCCGCCCGCGGGCCCCGAGCUGGCCCCGGCGCACAAGAGCCUGCGCUGCAGCGGGCAGGAGGCGGCGGGCGAGCGCGGCGCGCUGGGGCUGGCGGCGCACGGCGGGGCCGCGGGCGCGCACGGCGGGGCGGGCGCGGUGCGCAGCUACCCGGUGAUCCCGGUGCCCAGCAAGGGUUUCGGGAUGCUGCAGAAGCUGCCGCCGCCGCUUUUCCCGCACCCUUACGGCUUCCCGGCCGCCGCGUUCGGACUGUGCCCCAAAAAGCAGGAGGAGGCGCUGGGCGGCGCGGGGGGCGGCGAGGCGGGCAAGGGCGGCGCGCUGCCCCCCGGGAUGUUCUGGGGACCCCCGCACCCGCACCCGCACCAGCCGGCGCAGCCUCCCCACCAGCCCGGCGCCGCCAAGGACGGCGGCGUGUACCCCUCGUUCCCCGUGUUCUGGCCGGCCGCCGGCAGCCUGCCCGUGCCGCCCUACCCCGCGCAGAGCCCGGCCAAGGCGGCCGCCACCGCCGUGGUGGUGGCGGCGGCGGCGGCGGCGGCGGCGGCGGCGGCGGAGCCGGCGGGGCUGGGAGGGCGGCACGGGGAGCUGGAGGGCUCGGAGCCCUCGGGCAGCGGCCGCAGCAGCGCGACCCCGCAGGAGGGAGCCGGCGCCGAGGGCGAGCGCUGCCCCAGCGCCCUGUCGCGGGCGGCGGGCGAGGAGGAGCGCUCCGGGGACGAGGCGCUGCUGGCCCCGCUGCCGCUGCCCAGGAAGGGCAGCUACCUGUCCGCCUUCCGCCCGGUGGUGAAGGACGCCGAGAGCAUCGCCAAGCUCUACGGCACCCGAGAGGCGUUCGGCGGCGCGGCGCCCCGCGGGCCCGGUUACCUCUCGCCGGACUUCCUCAGCGAGGGCAGCUCCAGCUACCGCUCGCUGUCCCCCGGGGGGGACACGGCCGAGGAGCCCGAGGUGGAUGUGGAGUCCAACCGCUUCCCGGAGGAUGAGGAGGAGGAAGCCGCCGCUGUCCCCGCCGCGGCUCCAUCCGAGGGUCGGGAGCCGCCGCCGCCCCGGCUGCUGGCCGGGCCCGAGGAGCCUCCGCCCGACGGCGCCGAGGAGAAACCGGGCGAGGCGGGGGCGCAGGAGGGCGGCCAAGGCCCCGACGGCAGCCCCGAGCGCAGCGGCAGCAGCGGCGCCUACGAGGUGAGGGGUGGGGAUGGGGGAUCUGAAAUCGGGGGUCUUGCUGGGGAUGGGGGAUCUGAAAUCGGGGGUCCCGCCGGGGAUGGGGGAUCUGAAAUCGGGGGUCCCACCGGUGCCCUCGGGGGUCCCCACGAUUCCUGACUCGCUCCUUUGUAGGUGUUCGCGCCGGAGAGGGGGGAGCACCUGCAGCCGCUGAAGCCCGCAGCCUCGCUGGGAGCCCCCGCCGCCUUCCUCUGCACCCCCGAGGCGAAGGAGCAAGAUAAAGAAGACAAUCACUCGGCGGCUGAGGAUUUGGAGAGCAGAAAAUCCUAUCAGGACCAAAGGAAUGUCUCUCGUGGCAGCCCCGUAAAUCCCGACAGAGGCGACGACGCGCUGGCCAUGGAUGUCACCGGCACGCAGCUGCUGGAAAAGGACAUCGAGAACUUGGCCCGAGAUGAGUUACAAAAAUUGGUCCUGGAGCAAAUGGAGCUGAGGAAAAAGCUGGAGAGGGACUUCCAGAGCCUGAAAGAUAACUUCCAGGACCAGAUGAAGCGGGAGCUGGCGUACCGGGAAGAGAUGGUGCAGCAGCUGCAGAUCGUCCGAGACACGCUGUGCAACGAGCUGGACCAGGAGAGGAAAGCGCGCUACGCCAUCCAGCAGAAAUUAAAAGAGGCUCACGACGCGCUGCAUCACUUCUCCUGCAAGAUGCUGACCCCGCGGCACUGCACCGGGAACUGCUCCUUCAAGCCGCCGCUGCUGCCGCAGUGACCCCCCCGGGCCCCCCACCCCCGAAGCCAUGCGGGCAGAGCCCACACAAGCCAUUCC